GGGAUCCAAGGCAUCAAGCACGACCAAGGACAAGUGCAAGGCAGGCACAUGAACCCAACAGAGAGUUGAGAGAGAAUCCUUUGAGGCAGUAGCUAGUUUCAGUGCAUGCAAUGGAGAGAACCUCAGCAUCACUCUGCCUAGUGAUCACCUUGUUGGCAUUCUACUUCUUGGUUCCCUCGAAUGCUAUACCUCUCUCAAGAGUGCAGAAGCUGGUGGCUUUGCAAGAGAACAGUGAGAUGCUAUCGGUUGAAGAAAGCACUCCAAAGCCAGAGCUGGAGACGGGAAGAGUGGUCCCGGUGGACGACGAGGUGAUGAUCGGCGCGAGGAUGGCGCUGGAGACGCAGGACUACGCGCCCUCAGGCCCGAACAACCACCACAAACCACCUGGCUGGAGCUGAGCAGAUCGAGCUCGGGUCAGCACUUUGAUCGAGGUUUUCAUCGCUGGUUUAAUUUAGUAAAUCAUGCGCGUUGUGUUGUGUGUGCUCUUCCAUGAUGAUGUGAUGUAUUAUUGAUGUGUGUGGUGUGCUGCUCACAAUCUUCAUUUAGUCAGUAAGUAAGAAUGCAUAUUUAGUUAUUACAGUGAGCUGUAUGCUUGGGAUCGCAAAAGUUGCUGCUACCAUUGUAAGGAACUAAUUAAGAUUCAUGCAUGUCUAAUUGAGAUAUGAUGGAGUUAAAUUCUGGUGGAAUAAUUACUAAAAAACCUA